ACGAGUGAUCAAAAAUUAGAAAUGGCGGACGACCUUCCAUCAGAAUAUGAUGCAAUCAUCUUAGGAACAGGUCUCCCAGAAUCUGUUGUUGCUGCUGCCCUUUCAAGGAUUGGUUUUAAAAUAUUGCAUUUGGACAGGAAUGACUACUAUUCAGGCUACUGGGCUUCCUUUUCUUUUGAUAACUUACUGGAAUGGAUUAAAGAAAACAAUGAAAGAGGAGCUGAACAUAGUAGAAAUCCUGAAUCUGUGGUGAAUGGGGAAGUUUGUUUCCCCUCUUGUGGAAAUAAAAUCACCAAUAUUGAAGUACAAUCGUACUUAAGGAAGGUAGAACCGGAGAGUAAAGAAUAUGGGAAAAACAACUCUACUAUUGUAUCUGAUUCUUCAAAAGGGAACUUGGAAAAUGUGGCCAGUGUCUGUGAAAACUUGAUGCCUUGUGAACCUACAAAUGCAGCAAAACUGGGCUCUGAUCCUGCAGAAUUAACAAACACAUCAGUUUUUCCUGAACACAGUGACACCAGCAACGUAACUGGACCAGACAUUCAUCAAGAAUCUGGAGAUGGACAGGGAAAUGACUUUAUAAAAUGUGUAGAAGGAAGUAAUGAUGGCGAAGUAAUUACGUCAAAUACCAGUCCUGAAUAUGGAAAAGGGGAAAGGAAAGAUAUUACAGAACGGGUAGAAGAAAGUAACCAAAGCCAAGUGACUGGGUCAAACAUCUCUCCAGAAUCAGGAGAUAGGCAGAGAAAUGAUAUUACAAAUGGUGUGAACGAAAGUGGUAAUAGCGGCAUAAGUAACGUCAGCGAAGUUGCUGGCUCAAACAUCAAUCCUGAAUCAGAAAAUAAGAAGAAUAAAGAAGAUAAAAGACCUCCAGAAGAGUCAUCUCCAGUGGAUACCGUCAUUAGUUGGGCUAAAACGAGGAAAGUAAAAAACACAAAGAAAUUGGACAAAAAUUCGACCCACGACGAUUUUUCAAAACAAAGUCGAAAAUUUAACAUUGAUCUUUCUCCCAAAGUUUUAUUUUCUCGUGGCUUGAUGGUAGAAUCUUUGAUCAAUGCAAACAUUUCUCACUACGCUGAGUUCAAAAUAAUCAGUCGUAUAUUGACCAAGAUGAACGGCAAGAUUGAAGAUGUUCCUUGCUCACGAUCCGAUGUUUUUAGUAGCGAGUUAAUAAAUGUUCUAGAAAAGCGUGCUUUGAUGAGGUUUAUCACAUUUUGUUCUACUUUUGAAGAUUCUCCGAGCGAGUACGAGAGUUUUCAAGAUAAACCAUUUAUGGAAUUCUUAAAAUCUCGUAAACUCACAUCAAACCUUCAGUAUAUUAUUCUUAAUGCUAUUGCUGGAGUACCCGCGUCAACGUCCACACUCUCUGGAUUGAAAGCGACUCAGAAAUUUCUGCGUUCAUUAGGUCGUUAUGGUAACACACCAUUUUUAUGGUCAUUAUAUGGUACUGGUGAACUGCCACAGGCGUUCUGUCGUAUGUCUGCGGUAUUUGGUGGAAUAUACUGUCUACGUAAGAAUGUCAAAUCAUUGGUUCUCGACGAGGAUAACAAGAAUUGCCUGGCAGUCAUUUCUGAAGAUGGCCAACGGCUGAAAACAAAAUGGCUUAUCAUGGAGACGUCUUAUGCACCAGAUAUGUUUGACGUAGUUACUGAGAGUAUGACGUCACGAGCUAUAGUAAUCACAGAUAAAUCUCUAAGCCCAGCAGAACGGGAACAUAUCAGCAUGCUUACAUUACAAAGUCGCUCAAAUGGAUCUCCUGUGCGUGUUAUUGAACUUACACCAUCUUCAAUGGCUUGUCCAGAAUCCCUUUGCAUUGUUCAUUUUACUACGGAAACGGUAGUAAAUGCUUUAGAAGAUCUCAAUUUUUAUGUACAAGACCUGUUCACCACGCCAGAUGCAGCUGACAACGAUAGUGGAAAGCCAGUCAUGCUGUGGUCAGUUUAUUUCAAUGUGAAGAACGGUGUUCCCACAAACAGCAAUAAGCUUCCUCUAAAUGUUAGAGUAACGUCGUUACCUUCAGCCCAUUUGGAUUUUGAAGAUGCCAUGUUUGAGGCUAAAGAAAUCUUCACCUCCAUAUGUCCGAAUGAAGAUUUCCUACCAGCUGUUCCUAACCCGGAAGACAUUAUAUGGGAUGAUAUUGGAAGUUGCACAAAGGAGGAAAAAGCUAAUGAUGAAGAAACUCCUACCAUUGGAGAACCAUGUUCAGCUGAAGAUAGUGCUGAAUUACCUGAUUCUAACCCUGGAGAUCUACCAAGUACCGAGUCUACCGACCCAGAGAAAUGAAUUAAAGAAUGAAAAAUAAAUAUAAUAUGUUGCACUACUGGAAACGGGGCGAGGGAAUAUAAAUUA